CUCCCUGCAUUUCUCCCUUCCUCUUCAUCCAUUUACCAUGUCCUCAUUCAUUCUCGCCUGUACCGUCUUCCUCGAGCCUCCUGUUGUUGAGAGGCUUCACAAGACAUUCGCCAAGGUCCACUACCACCCGGAUGGCGUCCUCCCCAAAGAAGCCUUGCAGGAGGCAGACAUCCUCUUCACAGAGAUGGUCGGUGUCCCCUCGCAGAUCACAGACCUGAAGGCCGAGAUCCCCAACUUGAAGCUCAUUCAGCUCGUGUGUGCCGGCUCCGAGAAGGCCCUCGCUUGCCCUGCCGUCAAAAACUAUGCUGCCCAGUCUGAUCGCUCGAUCACCUUGGCCAAUGCGAGCGGUAUUCAUGUUCUCUCCAUACCCAACUAUGUUGUGGCUUCCAUCUUGGGGGCUUACCACCAGCUCUCUCGGCAGAUCAUCUUUGGUGCGGUCAACAAGCGAUGGGCUACACGAGCCGAGAUCGAAAUCACCGACAAGCCAUACUACGCACGAAGCCCCAGGGGACGUACUGUCGGCAUGCUUGGUUACGGAGCUCUGGGCAGGGAGAGCGCGAGGCUUCUGUCGUGUCUUGGUAUGAACAUUAUCGCCGCCAACACCUCUGGAUCUGCCACCGAGCAGACAGGCUACAUCAUUGACGGCACUGGCGAUGCUGAUGGUUCCAUCCCCGAAACAUACUACUCUACCAAAGACCGUGCAUCGUUUGAAGCUUUCCUUGAGCGGUGUGAUGUGCUCGUUUCCAGUCUUCCCAACACCUCUGCCACUCAGUACCUCAUCGGACCCAAGGAAUUCGACCUCCUUCCAAAGAACGCUUUGCUUAUCAACAUUGGUCGGGGCAACCUUGUCAAGUCUGGUCAGUUUCUGUCUCUUCUCCCUGUACCUCUUGUCUGACAUAGGUCUUCAGAGGACCUCCUCGCGGAACUGAACAAGCCAGAGGGUGAGGGCCUCUUCGCCGCUCACGUCGACGUCACCGACCCCGAGCCUCUACCCGAAGGGCACCCCCUCUGGUCCCACAGAAAAGCUACCAUUACACCACACCUGUCGGGCGAUACCGAGGGAGAGUAUGAUAUUGCGGUGGAUAUUCUGAUCGCGAAUGUGAAGAACUUGGCGGUGGGAGAGCGGUUGUAUAAUGCGGUCGACUUUGUGAAGGGGUAUUAGAAUGUAUAUAAAAGGAACACAAACUCAUGCAACCACGCCUAGUCAAGGUUUUCUA